AUGGGCUCCGUACCGGCAGCAAAAAAACGCAUCGUUCUCAACUUCUUCGAGUAUGCCUGCACAGGAAGCCACAUGUCACCGGGUCAAUGGCGCGAUCCAACCGAUCAAAGCCAUACUAAAGACCGUCUCGAAUACUGGAUCAACCUUGCAAAGCUAGCGGAGCGAGGCAAGAUCAGCUACAUAUUCUUCGCCGACAGCUAUGGUGGCCAAGAAGUAUUCGCAGGAAACAGCGACGCCCAACUGAAAGCAGGCAAUCAGACCGCCAGUAUGGAUCCCAUGGUCCUGAUCCCCGCGAUGGCUACCGUGACAAAGACACUCGGCUUUGGCGUGUCAGCUUCCACCAGCUACUUGAAUCCCUACAUUCUCGCACGCACGUUUAGUAGUCUUGACCAUCUUACCAAUGGCAGAGUGGCGUGGAAUAUUGUCACCAGCUGGGCAAAGAGUGCGGCCCAGUCGCUCGGCUUUGACGAUGUGAUUCCUCAUGACGAAAGGUAUGCUAUGGCGGAUGAGUACAUGGACCUCUGCUACAAGUUGUGGGAAUCGUCCUGGGCGGAUGACAGCGUGGUGUGGGAUAAAGAGCGAAGGGUAGCUUUCGAUCCGGAGAAAGUACGAUAUCUGGAGCAUAAAGGCAAAUACUUCAAGAUGAAGGGCCGCUACCAGACACAUCCGUCUCCGCAGCGGACGCCUGUUCUCUUUCAAGCGGGUACAUCCAAAUCUGGCCGAGCUUUCGCCUCCAAGCAUGCUGAAGCUAUUUACAUUGGCGGUCUAUAUCCAGCACAAUCCGCAGACUCGGUUCGACAAAUUCGUGCAGAUGCAGCAGCACGGGGCCGCGAUCCAAGUUCCAUAAAGUUCUUCGUUGGAAUCUCUCCGAUUCUCGGGGCCACCUUGGAAGAGGCCCAAGCCAAGUACGAACGCGCAAAGGAGAAUGCGGACGUUAUUGGUGGGCUCGCAGUCUUUGCAGGUUACACCGGCAUCGACCUGAGCAAGCACCCACUCGACGACUUGCUGGAACUCAAGGGUGCUCCAGGCGAGGACGCCGUGCACUCGUUCCUGACCGCCUUCAACCACGUCUCAGGGCUGGACAAACCUUGGACGCCCCGCCGACUGGGCGAGACCAUGGCGCUUGGAGGCUUCCAUCCUGCACCUGUGGGAACUCCCGAGAUGGUCGCCGAUGUCUUCGAGGAGUGGAUUAGAGACGCGGAUGUCGAUGGCUUCAAUAUCAGCUAUCUCACCACGCCCGGCAGUUUUGAAGAUGUAGUCGAUUUACUUCGCCCGGAACUGGUGAAGCGGGGCCUGAUGUGGGAAGACUAUGUUGUGCCCGGCGGAUCGCUACGAGAGAAUCUCAAUGGGAAUGUUGGCAGGAAGCGGAUUCCUGCCGACCACUAUGCGGAUCAGUUCAAGUGGGGGACAUUGUAG